GGAAUGGGCAUCCAAAUCCCCAAAAUGAAAAGGAAAAAGGGAACAGUUGAAAUAGCGGCGUGGCCGACAAGAGAGAAUCAGAUGAAGAUAUAUUUGAGUUUGUUUUCUCUGAUAGUUGCUGAUAGAGCAGUACAAACCCACAAGAAAUCUCCGGCGGUCGGAAUCGUGAAAGAUGAAGAUGACAUGGAAGAAGAAUGCUGGGGACAGCAAAAACAAGACCAGGAAACGGCCCAUCUCCUUUAAUCCUAACCUUCCUUUCGAAGAUCUUAAUUCCAGUUCUGAUACGAAUACUACAGCGGCGAAGAUGAAGGAAGGUGAGUCACGUGGAAACGACGACGUAAGUAAAAAAGGGACCACAAGUUCCGAUGAGGAAGAUGAGAAAAGGAGGAAUCUUGCUCAGGACUUUGAAGCUCAAGGAAAUAGACUUGCUGAGGAGGCAAAAUACCGGGAGGCACUUGGAAAGUGGGAGAGUGCAAUUACUUUGAUGCCUGAACGAGCUAUUCUACAUGAGCAAAAAGCUCAGGUUUUACUUGAACUUGGGGAGGCCUGGAAUGCCUUGAAGGCUGCAACUCGAGCAACUGAAUUGGAGCCAAGAUGGGCUGAGGCAUGGGUGACGCUUGGAAGAGCCCAGUUAAACUAUGGAGAACCUGAUUGUGCCAUUGAAAGUUUUGACAAAGCAUUGGCUCUUAAGCCCGAUUCUGUGGAAGCAAAAGAUGAUAGGGAGACUGCAUUACAUCUACUGAAGAGGAGAAAGCAGCUCCAUUCAAGGGGUUUGAGCUCAACUGAAAACCGUUUUCUUGUUGGAGAUCAGGGCUAAAAGCUUUUCAAGACUCCAAGUGGCCUGCAUCCGCACAUAGGCAUAUAUGAAGAGAAAGAAGAAGAGAAGAAAAUUGUGAGUGAAUUGUAGGGGUUGCUGUAAAUGACUAGUAGAUAGACAUAUUGUGUUUGUUGGAUAUCUUAUACCCAGGAGCAGCAGUGUAUCCUAAAGGCUAAAGCUAUGUCCGGAGUUGAUAUGGUGAAAAUCUUAAAACUUUUGGAUCUGAAGAUCUUAUCCAAAAGGACGGAUACAGAAACUCUAAUUCUUAAUGAACUAUACAACCA